UGUCUUCACGGAACAGCCGGCUAGCUGCUGUUGUUAUAAAGAGCAUUUGUGUUUGAGUAAUUGUUUUGCAUUCAAAUGCAAACAAUGCUGUGUCAGUAGUCAUUACAUUAUAUUACAUUAAAUUCUCGCGUUAAAUGUUUUAGACAACAAAAAGUUUUGUUUGGAAAAUAAAAACAUUUUAUAGUGUUUACUAAAAUGUUCUCUAAUGGAGUAUUUCGUAUUUUGUGUAUAGUUUCCGUAAUAAUUACAUGAAAUGUUGGGAACAUUUAUUGCGUUUGUAACAUGAAUGACUCGGGUCGCGGAUACGCCCGCAUAGAAGUAAUGAGGGGCGCGCGCGGGGAACAUACCGGCAGCGCCGAAGUCACUCUGCCGCCACCCGAUAAAUAUAAUUCUGUUUAUCUGACUUUGUUUGUCUCCGGUGCUGCAUUUCUACUGCCAUUCAACAGCUUCAUCAUGGCGGUGGACUUCUUCCAGCAGAGCUACCCCAACUCAACCAUCAUGUUCGACCUCUCCAGCGUGUACAUCGGCUCAGCGUGCGUCGCUGUCUUCAUCAACAAUGUCCUCAUUGACGUAUUCACGUACAACAACAGGAUAACGUUUGGCAUAUUUCUAUCCCUGUCAACAAUGAUAGUCAUCUCCGUGUGCAACAUCGGGUGGGAGGAGUUCCCCAAGACGGUGGCGUACAACCUCAACCUGGCUGCGAUAGGGCUCGUGGCCAUCGGCUGCACCAUCCAGCAAUCAUCGUACUACGGACUCACUGGAUGCCUUCCACCUCGUUACACCCAGGCGGUGAUGGCCGGUGAAAGCGCGGCCGGCUUGUGGGUGUCGCUGGACAGAAUACUGACCAAGUUGGAGUUCAACGAGCCGCGGCGGAGCACCUUCAUGUUCUUCGUGUUCUCCAUACUGGUUCUGAUGGGACACUCGAUCCUGCAUCAGGUGAUGAUGAAGCACCCGCUGGUGUUGCACUACCUACGACUCACGGCCGAGGCCAGGGGCCGUUCGCAGCGCAUCCAGCUGAGCUUGAAUCCAACGGACGACACUCAACUGAUCGAUGGACAAGUUGAGAACACCAACUUUGGUGUGUUAAAGCUUCAAAGUCCAACUCUACCACUGAGCCCCGACGAGAACUUAGAGUUUGGAGUGUGUUACUCCAACCCCGUGUACGCUCCGAACCAACUUGCGUCUUCCGCACCACCUGCAGAAAUGACAGGAGAUGGAGUUAAAUCUACACCCGAUGUCGCUAUACUUGCACCGUCCGAAGAUACCCCUGUACUGGGCACAGAUACCCUGGCUACCGCUCCUGCAGCAUCAUCCCCUCUCAGUGGCUCCGAACCAUCACAAUCCACAUCGAGAACACCUCGCCCUUCAUACAAAGUCGAAGACGUGGUCAACGAUGGCUCCGAGAGACGAUGGACAAUUUUCCUUUACUCGCACAGGUGGGCGGUGGCUCGUACCAUCUACCCGUACAUGGUGUCUAUCGGGCUGGUUUACUUCACAACACUAAGUCUGUACCCCGGCAUCGCCGCUGAGGUUCCCUCGUGUCGGCUCGGCUCCUGGAUGGCAAUCAUCCUAAUGUCAACGUUCAAUCUAUUCGACUUCAUUGGAAAGAUAGCUGCAGCCUGGCCCUACGAGUGGAGCCGCAGCCAGCUGCUGAUGGCGAGCGGCCUGAGACUGUUUCUGGUGCCACUAUUUCUACUAUGUGCGUCUCCGAGACAGUCGCCACAUAUCGUUGGAGACAUGUAUCCAAUACUGUUCUCCGUGGCGUUGGGGUUUACCAAUGGCCUGUUUGGAUCCGUUCCGAUGAUCAUAGCGCCGUCGCGAGUCGCUAGAGAGAAUCGAGAAAUUGUUGGUAACCUGAUGACUCUGUCGUACAACGGAGGCCUGCUGACGGGGACCACCGUGUCCUACACCCUCAACAACAUGCUAGGCCCCCCCACGGCGUCUCCUUGCCGCUUCAUAUAUCCUACACCCCCCCUACCGACCAUACCUCCCUUGGUGACUACUGCAGCAUCUAAUAUUACAAUGCUCUUGAGUUCUGUGCACUAAAGAAGUUUGAUGUUCAAAUUAUUGUUAUUCAUAUUGAAAUCAUCAUAAAAUAACUUGCGUACACAAUACAAUAAACCACUUUUUAUUAUA